UCCGCUCCGCUCCUCUUCCGCCCUCGCGUUAUUAUCUCUCUAUGAUUUUCGUGACUCCCGCCGGUUCUCCUCCUGUGAUGGUCCGCUCUGCCCGCUGCUCUCGGAUCAGCUGCGCCGGUCGGAUCUGUGUCUCCAGCUGUGUGGCUCCAGUCCCGCAGGCAGGGUCGGCCAUGUUGUUGUGUGGGGGUUGAUGUAAGUUUAGUAGUAGGAAGUAGAGGCGACAAAGAGCUGGGACACUUUAGGAUCUCACUUUUUUUUUUUAAUCCCUGUCAUGCUGCUGGAUUCAUCCUCUCUGACAACAAUGAGCGUCUCCUCCGCCAUCCUCUCUCACAGCAGCACCGCUCUGCUUUAACUUCAGCACUAAUUCUGCUCUGCUGGAUGGAUGAAGUGAGGAUGAAGGCGGUUCGGUCCCGGUUGGAAUAACUCUGAUUUUUUUUUUUCUUUCCCGGAUCUGACUGAAGGUGGGACGGGGAAAAAAGGGAGCGAACCCAGAAGAAGGACGCAGAUUUGUGGAGGCAGGCGAGACGAUGGGCUGCAUAAAGAGCAAAGAGGACAAGGGUCCCACGAUGAAGUAUCGUCCAGAAAAUUCCACGGUGUCAGACCCCAACGCCACCGCCACCACACCUCAAGUAGGACACUACGGACCAGAUCCCACCCAGCUGCAGCAGAAUCAAGCCCCCUCCUCCUCAUCAGGCUCUGGGGCUGUAAACUUCAACCACACCCUCACGCCGUUUGGCGGCUCCUCGUCUGCCAUGACUCCCUUCGGAGGGGCGUCGUCCUCCUUCUCCGGUCCUGUGUCCAACUCCUUCUCUGGUGCUGUCUCAAGUGGCGUUACGUUCUUUGUGGCCUUGUAUGACUAUGAAGCUCGGACAUCAGAUGAUCUUUCGUUUAAAAAAGGAGACCGUUUCCAGAUCAUCAACAAUACAGAAGGAGACUGGUGGGAGGCUCGCUCCAUCAACACGGGGAGGAAAGGCUACAUCCCGAGCAAUUAUGUGGCCCCUGCUGACUCCAUCCAGGCUGAAGAGUGGUACUUUGGUAAAAUGGGACGCAAAGAUGCAGAGAGGUUGCUGCUGAACCCAGGGAACCAUCGAGGAACUUUCCUGGUGCGAGAAAGUGAAACUACUAAAGGUGCUUAUUCUCUAUCCAUACGAGACUGGGACGAAGCCAAAGGAGACAAUGUGAAACACUACAAGAUCCGCAAGCUUGACAACGGGGGAUACUACAUCACCACGCGAGCGCAGUUUGACACCUUGCAGAAGCUUGUCAAACACUACAGAGAGCACGCCGACGGGCUUUGCCACAGGCUGACCACGGUGUGCCCCACAGUCAAGCCUCAGACCCAGGGGCUCGCGAAAGAUGCCUGGGAGAUUCCCCGGGAGUCCCUGCGACUGGAGCUCAAACUGGGCCAGGGCUGCUUCGGAGAGGUCUGGAUGGGCACAUGGAAUGGCACCACCAAGGUGGCCAUAAAGACGCUGAAGCCGGGCACGAUGUCGCCUGAGGCCUUUCUCCAGGAGGCUCAGAUCAUGAAGAAGCUCAGACACGACAAACUGGUGCCUCUUUAUGCUGUGGUGUCUGAGGAGCCCAUUUAUAUUGUGACAGAGUACAUGGCCAAAGGAAGCUUGCUUGACUUCCUCAAAGAGGGUGACGGCAAGUUUCUGAAGCUCCCCUUGCUGGUGGACAUGGCUGCACAGAUCGCUGACGGCAUGGCUUUCAUCGAGAGGAUGAACUACAUCCACCGGGACCUGCGUGCCGCUAACAUUCUCGUGGGAGACAACCUGGUGUGCAAGAUCGCCGACUUCGGUCUGGCCAGGCUGAUAGAGGACAAUGAGUACACAGCGAGGCAAGGAGCCAAAUUCCCGAUUAAAUGGACGGCCCCAGAGGCCGCUCUGUACGGCCGCUUCACCAUCAAGUCAGACGUCUGGUCCUUUGGGAUCUUACUCACUGAGCUCGUCACCAAAGGCAGAGUGCCCUACCCAGGCAUGGUGAACAGGGAGGUACUGGAGCAGGUGGAGCGAGGCUACCGCAUGCCCUGCCCCCAGGGGUGUCCCGAGUCCCUGCACGAGAUGAUGAAGCUCUGCUGGAAGAAAGAUCCGGACGAGAGGCCCACUUUCGAGUACCUCCAGUCCUUCCUAGAGGACUAUUUCACGGCCACAGAGCCACAGUACCAACCUGGAGAGAACCUAUAGCCUGCCCAGACUGCAGCAGACGAGCAGAGAGAAGACAUGAGCUCUUAAUUAUUCAACUAUAAAAAGUUGACUGGAAACCAGGCUAACCAGUCGCACAAACCACUACUCGUUCUGCCCAUUCUUGAUUUUUGUUCUUUGCUUUCAGCGUCCGCCACCAUUUCAUUUUUCUUUUUUUCUUUUUUUUUUGUUCUGAUUCAUGGUACUGAAAGUCUUAGCUGUGUGAAAUGUUUGAUUUUUAAUGUGGAUUCUAUCACAAUGUACAACGAUGACUGAGCUAGAAAGAAACCAGUUCACGUAUUGCUGUGAAGUAAGCUGUGAUAAUGCCUCGUAGCAGAAACACAUAUUGUUGAAUAGCAGUCCAACUGUUGGGGCUUUUAUGCGGUCUAAUGUGGAGAUCUCACACUCCACUUGCCUCCAAACAGUAUUCGUUUGUGGUUAAUUGGUAAAUUAUGCAUCAAAACAAUAAAUUAUUAACAGAGAUAAUAUAUUAAACUGAUAGGGAGAAGCUCUCAGGGGACUGCUGGUCAUUAUCACAGUCCAUUUGACAGUGAUUAUUUAAAAGUAAAUCCCAAACAUCUUAACGUUAGGUACAUUUCAUCAGCCACCACUUUUUAUUUCUUACAAAUGGGUGACUGCAGUGAGACUGUGAUAUGGUCUUUUUAUGCCUUUCUAAUCUUCUACAUUUUUUUAAAUAUUAUGUUCUAUGUUCCUUUGUUAUCAUAAGAAUUUAUAACCACAAUUUAUUCAUAUCACAUGGACAUGGCUUUACAGCAUCGUUUGGAGACUUCCUCAACUGUCCAUCAUCAUGCAGAAACCUCUGAUGAGGCUUUUGUCAUAAUUCCUCCUGUCCCUCGCUGCCCGGGUUGUAUAAUCUCACUGUGAUCACUACAGGGACAUGCUUACACAAAGACAGCCUGUGUAACGGGUCAGUGAGUCAAACAGCGAUGAAACGUGUGGACUUGUGGCUUCUUGCCGAGCCGGAAUGACUUAUCACAUAUGAAAUAUCUGCCAAUGGGAAGACUUUACGGACUAUAAAACUCUUUCUGAUAGUGGAAAUCAUGACGAAAGCCACCAAAUAAAUAGGAAACGACCAAUUUAUAUUCUAAAAUGUGACUGACAAAGAACUUGGGACUCUUUUGUGUUCACAAAUCUAAGGUGGCUCCACAAAGACUGUUUGUAUUGCAAUGAUUACAGUUUUUUACAGUGAUUUUAUCUCUGCAUUUUGCUCCUGUAUGGACUCACUGGGACACUAUUAUCAUGGGAAUGACACUAAUUGACGCCUGGGCUUGUAAAGAAGGGCUUUGAUAUUAGAAAAUCCUCAUUUUAUAAAAUUACUAAUAAAGGAUUGUGAAAUACAGGCCUAUUUGGGAGGAAGGAAGUGGGUGGAGACUCAUCUGAGUGAAUCUGUACAAUAAAAACGU